UAGUACGGGAAAAUAAACAAGCGGCGUUUUCGUUUUGGCAUAAACAGUAAAGUGCUUUUGAUUCUUGUGUUGUUUCAUUAUUUAAUGUUUUUAAAUGUUAUAAUUUGAUAUGAAGUAAUACAAAAAUGGAGUGUACUCAAAGAUUAGAGUGUACUCAAGAAUUAAACCAUACACAAAGGGAGAGAACAUGUCCAGAACAGAUUGGAUAUCUGGGUAUAUGUGGAGCGAAACAUCCAGUUUUAAAGGGCCCAAACAAAAUAGGAAGAGACCCCCAAACAUGCAAUAUAAUUUUGAAUUUGAAUUCAAUUUCAAGACAACAUGCUGUGAUAAAUGUACUAAAUAGUAAAGAGUUUAUGCUUAUGGACUUAGAUUCAGCUAACAAAACGAAAUUGUUAAAUAAAACAUUACAACCAUACAUACCUAACCGGAUAAAAGAUGGGGAUACGGUUCAGUUCGGAGAUAUAUUCGGUGUGUUCAGGCUGUUGGAAGAAGACAAUGAGCUGCCGAUGACUCAGGCUAUAGAUAUUCCGGAGACUCCAGUCACCUUCAAACAUGUUACGAAGCUCAAUAACGCUCCAACCACCUUGAUACCAGAGUCACCUGAUGUCAGCGACAGGGAUGACUCCUUUGUAACACCAUCACAGCCAAUAAGUAUGAAAUCGAGGCUAUCAAACUCUUUUAUGAAAACAAAUAGGACUCUAACACUAGCAGGGACGUCUCGAACAUCACCAAAUAAGUCAACUUCAAUAGGUUCUGUUCACAAUCCUAACACUAGUCUCAAUGAAUCUUUCAUAUCUCUUAAAACUGGAAAUGUAUCUGAUAAUAUUUAUGGAGCAGACACACAAGUGCCUAAUCUUGUUACUAAUGAAAGUACAGAUUCAAUAUUUACUGCUGGCACGCAAAUUCCCCCUGGGAUAGCCAUGUCACCUAGUGUGCAUACAAUGGACACACAAGAACCUACAAUGAAUUAUUUGCAUACGAUGGACACCCAAAUGCCCACAACAGAGAACUUGCCACAAGUACGCAAAAUUGAUGACCAGCAUGAAAUGCAGAUAAAUAUUUUUGCAGCCAACAAAGAGAAUAACAAAGAUAUAUUUAAUGGUGAAACCCAACCGUUUGGUAUUGUGGAUGAUCCAAUAGAGAAUGAGAACAAAAAUAAAAGUAAUGUACCAAGUACAUCCAAGUGCUCAACUGAAGGAGACAAAAAGGAUACACUAAAUACUUCGGAAGAAGUGCUCUUUGAUGACAUUGACGGCGAAUGCUUCGAAGAAGACUUUCAUUCUCAGAACAUACUGCAGGGUGAUAUUCCAUUAAUAGGAGACGAAGACACGUCGAGAGCCAAAGACAGUCCGAUUCUAUGUAAUGGAGAAAAGAAACGACCUUCUGACGAUUUGACAGAUUGUGAAGAUAUAGACAUGUUACCAACACAGAAAGUGCCAGAACUACCCAAACAAGGCAAUAAUAAGGAACCAAAGGUACAAGACAUAAAUGUACCAACAUGUUCAAAAAGGGCAGUCCGUAUUAAAUCUGAUAGUUCGACAGACUGCGAAGAUGUAGAAAUAGCACCAACACAAAUAGUACCUGAACUACCUGCUGUUAAAGAUGCUAAAAGUAAAUCUGACAUAACAGAAAAGCCAUCGAAAAGAGUGAAUAGAAUCAAAUCUGACAGUUCGACAGACUGUGAAGAUAUUGAUAUAGCUCCUACGCAAAUAAUACCUGAAUUACCUGCUGUUAAAGAUUCUAAAAUGAAAGCUGACAAAAUAACGAACGUACCAUCAAAAAGAGUGAACAGAAUCAAAUCUGACAGUUCGACAGACUGUGAAGACAUAGAUUUAAUGGCUACCCAAAAGAUUCCCGAAAUAAAACCUGCUGAAGACGAUGACGCCACCGAUUGUGAAGAUGACGUCAUAGUCGUGAAUCCAAAGGAACCUCCUCCAAUACCACUCAUUGAUGAUGACACACAAAUCGCUACACAAAUAAUUCCGGUAGAUAAUAAUAAAAAAGAGAAAAUACCCUUUGAAGACAUGGCCACACAGGUUAUAAGUGUUGAUGAAGGAGCAUCUGGUUCUAAAAACGUAUCUUUUGAAGAUCAACCAACACAAGUAAUAGAUGAGGCAGUACCUAGUAACAAAGAGUCUCUUAAAAAACCUGUAAAUGUAAUUGAAAGUCCUUUUAAAAUACCCUUCCAGUCUCCUAUAAGGAUAAAAAGUAAAGAUAUACCUAAAGUAGAUAUUAAAGAUAAAAUUGAGAAAAAUAAUCCAAUCGAAGUGGACCCUAAUUAUUAUAACGAUACACAAGAUAUUUUUGAUGAUUUGUGCACACAAAGAGAUGUACCAGACGUCCAGCCUGUUGCAGAUGAUGACGUCGUCCCAUGCUCCGUAGAAGACUAUAAAGUAAAAGACAAAUUCGCAGGUAUUGAAAGAGACUUAAGUCCUUUCAAAAACAAAAGUGAUGAGACUACUGAAAUUGCUACAUUGGAAAAAGUACCUAGCGGUGACUUAUCUGAUGUAGAUUCUACUCCGAAAAAGGCAAAACCUUUCGUUUUUACAGACAGUGAUUUACCCAGUAGCCAAGAAAUAAAAAAGUGUUUGGUUUCUCACACGAGGUCAUUCGGUACAGAAGAAUCGUCCAGCGAUUCCGAAACUGAAAACAAUAUAGAUGAACCAUUUAAUCCAUUUCAAAAUUUAAAAAAGAAAAGUAAAGCAGCUGUUGUUGUUGAUCUGACUAAACGAUUGGACGUUGAUAAAUUACCAGAAAGAGUAAUAACUCGCCAAAGGAAACCCGCCUUAAAUACUGAAAGCAUAAGUGCAAAAAUUCUAAAACCAACUUACUUAACUGAGCAGGAAGACCACAUCGAUCAAGAAAUUAUCACUGAAAAUAUAAAACGUCUUAAAACAUACGAACAGACGAAAAAUAACAAACAUUCUAAGAAAGAUGAAAGUGUUAAAGAAGGAAAGAAAGAAAACGUAUCUCAGAAGACAACAGAUAAAGUGAGCGAACCGAAAGAUAAGCUUAAAGUAAAAAUUGAAAAGCCAAAGAAAAAGGAAACAAAGCAAAAAAGCAAGGAACAAUCCGAAACGUCUCGAGCGAAUCAUGAAUCUCACAAUAAUCAGGUUCAAGAAAAAAGUUUAGAUACCGCAACUGCCACCAGACCUACCACCAGGAGUACUAGAUCUAAGAAAAAAGAUACUGAACGCGAAACCACUGAAACUAAAUCAUCUACCGACAAAACAACAGUGAAAGACAAUAAGAGGAAGCGAACGAACAAAAAGCAAGAGAAAGAAAGAUCAGCGUCUCCUGAAAUGAUCACAACAAGUACUAAAAGAUCAAGGACGCCAAAAUCCAGGUCGAAGUCACCUGAAGUGGAAGUUAGGAGGAGUACAAGGCAGAGAAAACCAAAGACGAAGUUCGAGGAAAGUGAAGUGAAAGCACCGAAGUCUAUAUUGAAGAACACUUCGCAUGAGCAGAGCACGGUGUACAAUAUCUCGUCGUCUAGUACUGAGUCGCCGCGCAGUCUGAAGCGGUCCAUGUUGGACUGCAGUGACGCGCCCAGCUCCAAGCGCACCAGGGCGCAGGCCAACUCCUCGAGUACCAGCAGCAUCAGCAACGCCUCGUUGCGCGCGACACCGGCGAGAAUCAUGAAGACUCACCAUGUACUUUUCACGGCAUUCCCCAGCGCUGAUGUUAAGCAAAAGUUGGAGAAGUUAGGAGCAGCAAUAGUAACAGACGUGAUGGCGUGCACCGUGGUGUUGACGAUGCAAAUAAAGCGCACGUUCAAACUGCUGUGUGCCGUGGGGCUGGGUCGGCCCAUCGUGGGGCCCGGUUGGGUGCAAGCCUGUUCCGACACACGUAUGAUUGUUGACCCUUGGCUGUACUUGGUGAAGGACGAUGCUGCUGAGAAGAGGUUCCAGUUCAGCUUGCAGAAGACUCUGAGCAGCAGUAGGAACUUCUUGAAAGGGUACAAUGUAUCCUCCACACCCAAUGUGCAGCCCAACGCAUCUGAGAUGAAAUUGAUAGUGGAGUGUUCAGGCGGUACCUGGAAGGAGGGUGGACCAAACUGGGUGUGUGUCUCCUGUACCAAGGACAAGGAGCUCUGGCCAGCCCUGAGGCGACGGGGCGCCGUGGUGGUCUCCACGGAGUUCAUCCUCGGGGGAGUGUUGAGGCAGAAACUCGAUAUCGCCAGUAAUACCUUCAACUAGGUACAUAAUACACCUGGGCGCCUAACUAACAAUGCAUUUCAUAGGAUAUUUUGAUGCCUUUUUUUUAAAUAAAGGGCCGUUCAAAUAUUACGUAAGCAGAUUUAUUACAAUUAUUUAAUCCAAGCUUCCCCCUUG